GUGAGUACCUUAGUAUUUAAAUGUUUUUAUUUAUUGACCAUAUUAUUUUUCAGGUUUCAGAAGGCUGAACACCGAACAGAAAGUUGAGAUCCGACCAGGCCUUAGAAAAACCAAACUGUUUGGGUCAAAACCGAACAGGUUGCAACCUUAUCCCUCCCUCCCUGAAUCCCACUACUCCCAAUGACAGGAGGAAUGGAAAUCAACCAGUUGUGGCUGUAGUAAUCUAAUUUUCCCAUGAGAUGGCAGUGUCGCCUCUAAUUUGUAGGUCUCACAAAAUCAGUGGGAGGGGAUAAUCUAUAGGUUAAGGUAGAACACGUUUGACCCUUGCAACGUGAGGCAAUGUGCUACCAGAUGCCCUUCACACCUUUGAUUUGGAGGGCUGAAAACGCACACAAGGAGGCAAGUUAAUCUCGUGCUAGCUAGUGUUAGCUAUAUACCAGGCAGGAGCUGCACUGCUUAUCGAACUGAGUUGGGAACAUUGUAAAGUUUUUGAAUGCUGCAUGAUUUUUAAUAAAGUGUGACUAGUACAGGUGUGCAUCCACCAGAACCUGUGUAGCACAUAUAACACCUCCCAGUGGGGCAGCACAUGUCACACAGCACAAUUCUGCUCAAUUUCUUUAACAAACACUUCAGUCAUUUAAAGGGAAAUACUGGCAUAAAGCAUGAAGUCAAUGUUCUGCGUGCUGCACAGACCCCUGCCCAGAAUUCUGCCUGCCUGUGCCAUGUCUGUGUCUCUGCAGGUCACCCCUGGACAUUGCCUGAUUGAUGAGCCCCUACAGGUGACAGUGUCUGGCCUAAGACCUGGACAGGAGGUGACUCUCCAGGCAACAAUGACUGAUGAAGGUGGGGAGGACUUCACUUCUUUAAGCCGUUAUCGUGCAGGGAGCAGUGGCGAGUUGGAUCUGUCAAAGUGCCCGGCUCUGGAAGAUGGCAGUUUCACUGGGUUAGAGCCUGAGGGACCCCUGUGGGCCCUACAGCCCAAAAGCCCAUUUAGGAGGUUUCUCCGGAAAGAUGUGCAAAGCCCAAUACAGCUCAAGCUUUCUCUGUACCAGGACCAUGAACCCCUUGGGCCCCUGCUGGCCACUGCCACCCAGGAGAGGGGAUUCAUCGGAGAAGGAGUGAGCCGGAUCCCUGUGCGAGAGGGCAAGGUCCGGGGCAGCCUCUUCUUACCACCAGGAAAGGGGCCAUUUCCUGGUGUUAUUGAAAUACAAGGAGCUGGAGGUGGCCUACUGGAAUACAAGGCUAGCCUUCUUGCCGAUAAAGGAUUUGUCACACUUGCUUUGGCUUACUAUGGCUAUGAGGAUCUGCCCAAGCAAAUGAAACAUUUACGCUUAGAAUACUUUGAAGAAGCUGUAAAUUUCAUGUUGAAACAUCCCAAGGUUAAAGGUCCAGGGAUAGGACUUUUGGGCCAUUCUAAAGGUGGUGAUCUUGUCCUCUCUAUGACUGCUUUCCUAAAGGGCAUAACAGCCGCAGUUGUUGUUAAUGGCUCCCUUGCUAAUGUGGGUGCUGAUUUACAUUACAAAGAUAUUACUCUUCCUGCUAUUGGAGUUGAUAUGAGCAAAAUUAAAUUCCCCCAGCCUGGAGUGGCAGAUAUCAUCAAUAUUCUAAACAACCCCCUUGAAGAACCUAACUGUGCAAGCCUAAUUCCCUUGGGCAGAGCAGACAGCAAGUUUCUUUUUAUUGUGGGGCAAGAGGACAAGAACUGGAAGAGUGAUUUCUUUGCCAAAAUUGCUUGUGACCUCUUGACAGAGCAAGGAAAAGAUAAGCCAGAAGUUGUAUGUUACCCUGGAGCUGGCCACUACAUCGAGCCACCUUAUUUUCCACUAUGCAAGGCCUCCAUGCACAGAGUGGUGGGUCUUCCAGUGAUCUGGGGAGGAGAAAUGAAAGCCAAUGCCAUGGCACAAGUUGAUUCCUGGUACAGGAUUCAGGCAUUUCUCCAUAAGCAUCUAGAUGCACAUGGUGACACACCAAGCAAGCUGUAACCAAGUGACAUUUGGACAUCGCAAUCCACACCCUACCAUUGAAAGCCUACCUCUUUUGCUCUAGAAAACGUCCACCUAGAAAUGUUGUCCUCUAUGCAAAGGGCAAGUCCCAAGCCACUUCUUGUUGAAUAUCAGCUUGACAUUUAGUUGCAUCACACUGAUAUAUACUGAAAUGUAUACAGCACUAAAUGGGAAAUAU